AUGACCUCUCGCAGCCGCGUACCUUCUUCGCGGCUGCGAAAGGCCCAACCCAUUCAACCACUUUAUUCGAAUAUUGACGCCACUUCGGCAUUCAACAACAUUCGCGGUCACUCUUCGACUGUCUCUCUCACUUUGUCUCCUACGGAGCCGUUUUUCGCCGACCACGAGCUGGAAUGGAUAUCUAUCUCUGUCGAUGGCCACAACCGUGUCAGCGACUCGCCAGAACCGCCCGAUGAGCGGACAUCCGAUGUAGCCUCGGAAAACCUGGAUGAGUUCAAACGGAAACUCGCAAAGGCGACGACUAUGCCUCAGAUGCCAUUCAACUCGUCUUCACUCUCGCUUUCUGAAGUGCCCACUGUGAACAGUAACCUCCGCCGCUCUUUAUCAACCACCGCGACAACGCCGGCCUGGCCACGCGUUUUGAACAUUCUAGACUCUCUAAAACCUUCCUCCCGAGAGCCCACUGCUGCUCCUCUCCUUCCAAGAAGACGCCCAACUCUGCUUGGCCUCCCCCGUCGUCGUCUGUCAAAAUCAGCAUCACAAGGCAAGCAUCACGACGAUCACUCCCAGUUCUCGGCCAGCGAUUUGCCGGUUCAGAUCCCGUCUGGCUUGGCGCGGAUCGAUUCCCGCAGUAGCGUGGCUAGCUCCAUUGCCUUUGCUCCAACAGCCACUAUCCAACAUCAACGCAGGGUUAGUUCAGACUCAGUGCAACCGGCGAAACGGGACUCGCUGCUUUUUGCCCCGACGAAACUCCCGCGGCACCAACGAGUAGUGGACCUAGAUGUGGAUCUGGAGUUGGAUAACAAUGCUACAGACAGCAACCCCAUCUACCGACUGCAGGCCACCACCACGGAUGCGUCGAUCUUACACUAUGACGAUGAUGAUACAACACCGCCAAGAUCUUCUAUUCGCGAUAGCGUGGACAGUGUUGCCUCUCUGGCGUUUGCGCGUAACUUGGUAGGCCGACAUCAACGUACAGUUGAUAUGGAUGUCGAGCCCAUUGAGAGCCUGGAUAACCCUGUUUAUCGGCUCCAAGCAGCGACUGAGGUGCCGGUGGUCUAUCACGAAUCAGCAUCAGAGGAAUUGUUGGACCCAGAAGAUGACUUUGAUUUCCUCGAAACACGGACUACAAAACGCGGCGGAGGAGGAGGUGCAAGCAAACUUGCACGGACACUCGGAACCGACGACUGGAGACCAUCAGUUUCAAGUUCACUUCCACCCGAGCCAUCCAGUUUUGCUGCCAAACGCGUUCGCCGAUUAUCCAUCUCGUCUUUUUUGCCUUCUUCGCGGCCGUCAUCACCGCCGCUACCGCCUUCUCAUUCGUUACCCCCCGCUGCUGCUGCCGCGCGCAGGAAAGCAAGCUGGGGCUCAUUCACCGCGCUAAUGCAGCUGGGCCCUCGCAAAGAGGGCGUCGAGCCUGCGAUGCCGUCUCCACGGCCAUUCUCGGAGUUUGAUCCGCGAUCAGAUUCAUCACACCUCGGCCACGGGCGCCGACACUCGGUCGCCAGCUCAGUGACGGUCCAGGGUCACCUCGAUAACGACAACGCCAGUCCGCGUGACAUGUGGUUUGACGAUGAUUCGGGGUCGAGUACCCCACUGGCACAAACACGGCAGCCGUCAGCAGUAACCUUUGACGAGUACGGCUAUGAGUCCACGUUUGCGACACUUUUCCAGCCUACGAUCAUCAGAACGGAGGAGGUAGAGCUGGAGUGGGCGGGCGAGUGGAAUCGUAAGGAUAUGAGAACUGUGCUGGACGCAUUGAGACGAUUGUAA